AAUCGGGCAAAAAUAAUAAUAUUAUCGCAGUGCCAUCCGUACGCGUCGGCCGUGCGCACAUUUCUUCUCCGCUACCGUCGUGAAAAAAAAAAUAAAUAAACACUUGAGAAAGAGUAACCUUUAAACGCCGCAAUCGUCGUUAUCGUCGUCGUCGUCGUCGUUUCGUUCCCCCGUCGAGAAUAUAAAUUGAUCACACGCCGCGCCACGCCGGCCGAACUUCGACUUGCACAGUUGCACUGCUUGCACUCCACUCGCACUGUCUCUCGUUCGCCGAUCAGUCCCGCGACUCGCCGGUCGCACGCAGCGUCGGCCGUACUUUUAUUUCGACAUUUAUUACACGCGAUAUUUUGUCGUAUAUUAUUAUUACUGUAUAUUAUCGUAAUUGUUAUUAUUAUUAUCGUCAUCGUCGUAAUAAUACAAUCGUACAUAAUAUUAUAUAUUAAUACUAUACGAUAUAUCAUAUUGUCGGGUUUUUGACCAGCCGUUUUUAACGCACAUUUACAUGGUGUCCUAUGAAAGUCCGAUGGCGCACGUAUUGGGGACCAACAACCUCGACUCUUCGGAGCCUUUCAAGUCCGAACACGUCGAAGAAAUGGACAUGAAGGUAAAUGUAGGUGAUUAUUGGGUACAUUUCGCGCUGAACGCAAUUCUCGAGCGAUACAAAAUCCGUGAAGUGCCCAGAGACGAACACGAAUUACGUACGCUGUUUCUCAAAAGUUAUAGCCGUCUACAGUUCUCCAUCGCCCGUGAUCAGCAGGAGACGGGCACCACCUCGACAACAGACGCAGUCCUCAUGCAGAUCAUGCAUCAAGUGUUCGACUUACAUCCCGAAUGGCUGGACCAGCGUAACAACAAUCAACCGCCAGCAAUAGCCCCGACCAGCAACGGCGGCGGUGGCGGCGGCGGCGACGACGAGACGUCUUCCGUGGCGUCGUCCGCGUCCUCGUCCAACCCGCCGUCCUCGUCGCGCCCGCGCCAAACGCGGCCGUUCAAGUGCACGGUUUGCGGCAAAGAGUUCGGCUACAAGCAUGUGCUCCAGAACCACGAGCGCACGCACACCGGCGAAAAACCGUUCGUGUGUUCCGUGUGUAACAAGUGUUUCACCCGCGACCAUCAUCUCAAGACCCACGUCAGACUGCACACCGGCGAAAAGCCGUUUUGGUGUCCGCACUGCAAUAGGUUUUUCGUGCAGGUGGCCAACUUGCGCAGACAUCUCAAGACCCACACCGGCGAGACGACCUACCCGUGCGAGUACUGUGUCGCGUUCUUCGAAACGGCCUCCGAGCUAAAAGACCACAAGCGACAGCACAAGGAGAACAGCAAGCCCCGCGGAGUCGUGAAAAAGCGGUGCCGCGGCGCCGCCCCGACCGUGACGCCGACCACCGAUCCGUGUACUUCGGUACCGUCGUGGACACCGGCCACGCACGAUUCGCCGCCGCCGCCGUCGUCUCCACCGCCGUCCGUGCCCAGCAAAAAAUGCUGGUCUUCGCCGCCGCCCCAACCACAGGCGGUGUACGCGCAACAAAGUCAACCGCGAGCCGUCUCGCCGCCCACGGCCCCGUCCAUCGAACCGUAUCACUAUCUACAGUUCAUCGCGCGGUUUCAAUCGCCCGAACGGAGCGGCGAACCCUUCGUCAAGUUCGAGUCGCCGGAACAGACCGAACCCGAAGACCUUUCCGUCAAAUCCGAUAACAAGAUGAUCGUCGACGUCGCCAUGGAUCUCACGUGUAAAUAGCUUUUAUUAUUAUAAAUUUCAGGAAAGUAAUGAAAAAAAAAAACAAUCAAAUAGCGAAAAUAAACAAUAUAACCACACAUAUUGUAUAUACAAUAUGUUUAUUUUAUGUCCAUCAGCCAAAAAUCACCAAUUUGAAUUACAAUUAACAAUUAUUAAUAUUUUUUUUUUUUGUGGAUAUGUAGUCAUGUCAUCAUAGUCAUAAGCUCAAUUUUUUCUCAUUAAUAUCAAAAGGUUUUUUAAAAAAUAAUAAUUUGUUUUUUUUUUUGACGUUAAUCAAAAUUAUUGUGCAAUACAUAUUAUACAAAAAAUGUACAGUUACUACUUUAAGUUAUAAUCGAUUAUUAUAUGUAUUAUGUAUAACAUUUUUUAAUUCAGAAUUUUAAUACCGCUGAUUUGUCCCCUAACCUUUUUAUUAUAAAUAGGCAAACAAUUUGAGUCGGUGCUAGUUGUAUUAUUUAUGAUAAUAAGAGAAACGAUGGGCCGCUAAGUCAGGAUAUGGAAUUUGUAUGUACAUAAAAAUUGUCUGCCAUUCGUAAAAAAAAAAAAAAAACAAAUGUAAUCAAUA